CAAGUCACAGAAUCAUAAACACCAACCGGUUCAAUAGUUAAAACGUAAUACACCAUUUUCUAUCGCUUUUUUUUCUUGUCCCGUUGUGUUUUUCUUUUCCUUUUCUUCUUUUCCUUUUGUUCUCUCACAAAAAGAAAGUUUCUCCGAACGAAAACGUUGACUCCUUGCUUAUCCUCAUCCCAUUAACUACUUGCAAGUAUAGCAACCUAACUCCCCUUCUUCCACCAACUUUCCCUUUGAACAUUUUCCAUCAUAAAUUCUCCAUCUCAUACACUAUUCACUCCUUAAUUUCCCUUCCAUAAUUCCCCCAAACACCCCGUUAAUUAACCCACCCACCUUCCAUUUCCCGAGAAUAUUCCCGGAGAAAACUUUAUUUUGUGGUUUCUCCGUUAACCUUCCCAGAAAGUCGAGAGCGAACUUUCCCGGAAAAUGGAAGGUCGCCGGAGGAUAACGCUUUACGACCAAAUGACAGCUAGCAACGACAAUACCAACAGCGGCAGCAGCAGCCGAGACUCACUAGCGAGCCUCAUGCUCGAAGACGUCGUAUUUAAGAAGGCCGAAGCCGAAGCCGACGCCGAAGCGAGCCGUGACCUGAGCCGAAGCCGGACUCUCCAAGACAUCAUUCGCGAAGAGAAGCCUAACGAAGACGCGAAGGAUCGCAACUCCUGGAAAGCCUUCAAGGAGAAGCUUCGGCUCAAGCGCGCUAUCGGUUUGGCUUGGUCCUCCGCCCCUACUCACAGUAAUAACAGCAAUAAUAACGACAAUGAAGACGGAAGUUUACCUCAAACUCGCCUCCUCUCCGACGACGCGGCGACUCAGCAGAACGACGUCGUUGUGGAGGACGCAAACGAUUCAGAUCCGAUCGCGCGGUUCGGAUCUCCGACGGACAACACGGCAGCCGGCGGCGAUUCCUCCGACGGGGAGAACAACCAGGAGGUGGCGGUUGGCGUGUCGCUGAUGGAUUUGUUGGAGGAAGCUGAGCAGGAAAUGGAUUUGUACAGAGUGAGCGAUGAUGAUGUGGUGGCAGAUUUUGAGAAGAGGGACGAAGAUGAAGCGGAAGAUGAAGAAAAAGAGGGUUUGGUGGAGUAUAACUGCUGCGUCUGCAUGGUGCGCCAUAAAGGCGCGGCGUUUAUCCCGUGCGGACACACCUUCUGCAGAAUGUGUUGCAGAGAGAUUUGGGCCAGCAGAGGGAAUUGCCCUCUCUGCAAUAAUUUAAUUUUGGAAAUUCUUGAUAUUUUCUGACCCAGCCAACAAUUUUAUUUUUCUUCAUUCAAACAGAUUAUUAUUACAUGGUUACAAAUUAUGUGAUUCUAAGUAAUUUAAUUUUCAA